UCGUUUUUAAGAGCGGAGCACUGUGGCAUGACUUCCCCUUUGCUUUGUGUGCUUUGUGCUGCCCUGCAUGGGAGAUCUGAGAGCCUGGGCUCAGCCCUCUCCCCCAGAAAUUGCAUCCUGACUGCUGGGACAAGGUCUUGGAAGAGCUUCUGGAGAGUUACUGAAGGAGAGAAUACUUACCAGGAGUGAUUAAAGACAAUGGAUCCAGACUUUUUAAAUGCAUUUACACAGCCUUCUACACUUAAUCGAUCCCUAACUGAGGAUGUCAUUGCUAAAGGCGAGAAGAGGAAACUCAUAAAACCAAUCUCAAGCAACAACCCCAAACUGGAAGAAUUGAAACUGUUCUUGACUGAGUGGAUCAACAGAACUCUGAGAGAGGAACAUAUAGUAGUUAAAAGUCUGGAGGAAGACCUGUAUGAUGGGCUUGUACUUCAUCAUCUACUGGAAAACUUAGGAUCUCUCAAGCUGGAUGUUGAGAAGAUUGCACUGACAGAAAAAAAACAGCGACAGAAACUCUCUGUGAUUCUGGAAGUUGUGGCCAAGUGUUUGCAACUGGAAGAAAGUCAGCUGAAAUGGAGUGUGGAAUCUAUCUUGGCAAAGGAUUUACUGAGCACACUGCAUCUUCUGGUUGCAAUAGCAAAGCACUUUGAACCCACCCUGGCUCUGCCUCGUAAUGUUCAAGUGGAGACAAUCACCAUCGAGACCACCUCCAAAGGAUUAAAGACAUCAAAUGCGGUGGAAUAUAUCACAGAAAACAAAGAGAAUAUAGAAGCACAGUCAAAAGAUGAUGCCUUUGAAUUAUUUAGCUGUGCUCCAGAUAAACUAGAUGCUGUAAAAAAGGCACUUUUGCAAUUUGUUGACCAGCAUAUUGGAAAAUUAGGAUUAAAUGUGAAAGACAUCGAAUCUCAGUUUUCAGAUGGAGUUAUCUUACUUCUCCUAAUUGGACAACUAGAGGGUUACUUUCUGAAUUUAAGGAAUUUCUUCCUGACUCCGGCCAGCACCAUGGAGAUGCUCCACAAUGUUAACCUGGCACUGGUGUUGCUAGCAGAUGGAGGCCUUCUGAAUUUUCCUGUGAACUCUGAAGAUAUUGUGAAUGGAGAUACGAAGGCUAUAGUGCGAGUUCUGUAUUGCUUGUAUUCCAAAUACAGAACCAAAGAAGCAUGAAGAGCAAGGCCAAGAGCUUGAGAUGCCUUUUUUUUUGUUUUGU